ACCUAUACUUCGGACCAAUCAGAAACUAGUAAAGCUUCUAGACAAAAACAAGUGCCUGACUAGAGGACGAGUGUUUGUUCUUGAAUUUGCGGCGUGAAUUUGCACUUCGAAACUUCUGCCCUCCUAGGCUGAUUGAGCUGAACUACUUCUCACUCCAGUACUACUAGGAUCUAGGGAUGGGGUCUGGAAAAGGUCUAAAAGGAGGAGGGGGCACCAAGUGCGUCAAGUACCUCGUCCUUUUUUGCAACUUGCUCUUUUUUUUACUUGGGCUUGCCAUACUUGGUAUUGGUAUCUGGUCAGAAGUCAAGCUCAAGGAGUACUUCGAGCUAGAGGUCCUAAAGAGCUACGCUAUUGACUCCGGGCCGAGAAUCAUCAUCGCAGCAGGAUGUGUGGUCACCAUUGUGGCGUUUCUCGGCUGCUGUGGGGCAUGGAAGGAAAGCAAGUGUAUGCUGAUAUGUUUCUUCGUCUGCAUGCUGAUCUUGUUCUGCCUAGAGAUUGCCGCUGCUGUACUCGCGUUCGUCAAGAAAGACAAGGUGAAAGAUGAGUUAGAAAAUGAACUUAAAAACCAAAUCAAGUCCUACACAGGCAGCGCAAAGAAUGCUGUUGACGACAUGCAGAAGACGGUGAAAUGCUGUGGAAUCACGACUUACGAAGACUGGAAAUCGAGCGAUAAUCUUGGGCUAACAGAUAAUGUGCCGGAUAGUUGCUGUACAACUGUUGAAAAAGAUUGUGGCAUGGGACAGCGGAAAACUCCCACUAGAAUAUACAAAGAGGGUUGCUACAUGAAGAUCAAAAAAGAUAUUGACAAUAACCUUGUGGCCGUGGGUGCGGUCACCAUCACUAUUCUUGUCAUUCAGCUGCUAGCGAUGAUCUUUGCCAUGUUCCUCGUCUGCCGCAUCGACUGAGAGCCUCACGUGACGUCAUGCGCUUGACACGUGGUAUCACGUGGUUCUCAAUAAUCAUGGCUAUAAACAUUAUUAACAUUGAAUAAAAAUAAUUUAUAAAUUAACUACAUCCUUUUAUAGGAAAGGAGCGAAAUGAGUAGCUUUUUUUCAUCCGAAAAAGCAAAUGUAACAAAAGUACUUUCUAAAUAACAUUUGAAUAGACAAAGUAAUUCAUGCUUUAUGGGAAAUAGUUUCCCACGUGCACAGCUUGAUGUUAGGGUUAAAAGAACAACGAAGGCUGUGGAACACCCCAUUGGGGCGAGUUUUCAUAGCUACUUUUUUAAAAAUCGGGGUGUAUAUAAUCAUUACACGCACAAUAUGCAAAAUAUUUAUAAAAUAAAACAAACAAGAGUGAUA